CCACUCCUCCUCCUCCUUCCACCGCCACCACAUCGGCUGUUGUCCGCUGGCUUCCCCCGGUGGACAGGCUGCUCGUCCCCGGCACGGCUCGGCCCCUCUCCCCCCCUCUCCCGGGAAUGACCGCCUCCAAAUCGCGGUACCUUUUUGCCGAAAUCCCCUAAAUGGGCUUCGUGGCUGGGCCGAGGUUUCCACAGCAACUGGCCAUCCACUUCUCUCACUUCUCUAAUGAGGACAGCCGUGAGGAUUUAACAACGCGGUUCCUCGCUGCUGCUUCUGCUCCUACCGCUGCCCGUCGUCUCUGAUUUCUGGGCUCGAACUCAAGACCCGUCCAAAGGUCUCCUCAUGGGGGCGGGCAAGAGCAAGCCGAAGGAGCCCGGGCAGAGGUCCAUGAGUCUGGAUGGGACCAUCGGCACUGGCUCGGACAGCGGGCACUUCCACCACCUGGGCCCGGCCAAGCAGACGCAGACCCCCAACCGGAGCCCCGCGGUGGGCACGGGGCGAAGGGGGCACCAGGGGCAGAACCAGCAUGUGCCCACCAACACCCCUGAGCUCGCCUUGUUCGGAGGAGUGGACCACACGGGCACCAUCACAUCGCCACACCGCGGACCACUGUCAGGGGGAGUCACUACAUUCGUGGCCCUGUACGACUACGAAUCACGCACUGCCUCCGAUCUGACGUUCAGGAAAGGCGACCGUCUGCAAAUUGUCAACAACACAGAAGGAGACUGGUGGCUGGCCCGCUCCCUCACCUCCGGUCAGAGCGGAUACAUCCCCAGCAACUACGUGGCCCCGUCGGACUCCAUACAAGCUGAAGAGUGGUACUUUGGGAAGAUCACUCGGCGGGACUCUGAACGGCUGCUCCUCAACCUACAGAACCGGAGAGGGACUUUUCUGGUCCGGGAGAGCGAGACCACUAAAGGGGCGUACUGUCUCUCUGUGCUGGACUAUGACAACACCAAAGGCCUGAACGUCAAACACUAUAAGAUCAGGAAGCUGGACAGUGGGGGUUUUUACAUCACCUCUCGUACGCAGUUCACCAGCCUGCAACAGCUCGUCUUCCACUACAGAAAGCACUCGGAUGGCCUGUGCCAUGCCCUCACAGACGUGUGCCCCGUGUCCAAACCUCAGACCCAGGGCCUGGCCAGAGACGCCUGGGAGAUUCCCCGAGAGUCCCUCCGGCUGGACCUCAAGCUGGGGCAGGGCUGCUUCGGAGAGGUUUGGAUGGGUACUUGGAACGGUACAACGCGGGUGGCCAUUAAAACCCUGAAGCCUGGGACCAUGUCUCCUGAGGCCUUCCUGCAGGAGGCCCAGGUCAUGAAGAAGCUCCGUCAUGAGAAGUUAGUGCAGCUGUACGCAGUGGUGUCAGAGGAGCCCAUCUACAUCGUCACUGAGUUCAUGAGCCAAGGUAGUUUAUUAGACUUCCUCAAGGGUGAUGCAGGGAAGAUGCUGCGUCUGCCUCAAUUAGUCGACAUGGCCGCUCAGAUUGCCGCCGGAAUGGCCUACGUGGAGCGGAUGAACUACGUGCACCGGGACCUGCGCGCCGCCAACAUCCUGGUGGGGGACAGCCUGGUGUGUAAGGUGGCUGACUUUGGACUGGCCAGGCUCAUAGAGGACAAUGAGUACACAGCCAGGCAGGGAGCCAAGUUCCCGAUCAAAUGGACAGCUCCAGAAGCAGCUCUUUAUGGACGCUUCACCAUAAAGUCAGAUGUGUGGUCUUUUGGAGUGCUCCUGACCGAACUGGCAACAAAAGGCAGAGUUCCAUAUCCAGGAAUGGUGAACCGCGAGGUGCUGGACCAGGUGGAGCGAGGGUACCGGAUGCCCUGCCCGUCUGAAUGCCCCAGCUCCCUGCACGAGCUCAUGCUGUCCUGCUGGAGGAAGGACCCAGAGGAGAGACCCACGUUUGAGUACCUACAGGGCUUCCUAGAGGACUACUUCACCUCCACCGAGCCUCAGUACCAACCGGGGGAGAACCUAUAGACCACCACAACACAACCUGUCCCAUCCUACCCCAAUCCUACCCUACCCUAUCCUAACCCAUCCUACCACAUCCUACUCCACCCUAUCCCAUCUUACUCCAUCCUACCAAAUCCUAUCCCAGUCUACCCCAUCUCCAUCUCCAUCCAACCCCACAUACAAGAACGAUGUGCACUAACUAACCUCAGAGGAACCUUGGAGAACUGAAUCGAGUCACUGGUUUCCUCUCUGUGCCAUACAAAACAAACUAUUUAGCAUUUAUCGAAGCACCUCCAUCUUGUCCAGAAAUUUUGGGGAUGCUGCAAAUAUUGUGGCUUUAAAAGAGGAAACUCGUGUUGGGGGGAAAAGAUUACGUUUGCGAUUAUAUUUUUCCGAAGCAAACCAAAUCAGGAUAAAGAAGAGAAGAAGAGACGAGUUAAAUUCAUGGUCGAUUUCCAUAAAAAAUGAAAAGAGAACACUGCCACGAUGGUACAAGCCUAUCCGAAUUCACAUUUUUAAGCAUUUCUCAAUCAUUUUUUCUCAAGUGCUGCUUUUUAACUAACUGCAUCAUGACAACAGUUCUUAUUUUUGUGGUAUUAACACAGGCAUGACGACCAACCACCUUUAAUCUAAGGCUGGGUACUUUUGAGGUCUCUCUUAUCUGCUAUUCCCAGCUUGUAACUCCAUAAACAAAAUGAUGCUGGAUCAGAAAUUAAACAUUUUGAGCAGG